GUGUCGAAUCAUUUCCUCAUUCUCUAGAAGUUCCGACCAUGGCUGCUAAAAGUUAUUCUACAACAUAGCGUUAAACGUCGUCUCUUGAAAGUAUCGUCUUCAAUACAAACGUAAUAGAUCACCUCUUUAAGAUGUGCGCCACCAAGCUGUGCGAGGACCCCGAGGUGGACCUGCGCCAGAUCCCUCUGGUGGCCCUAAACGUGAGCGUCCGGAGGCGGCUGAGCCUGUAUCUCAACCCGCGGUGCACCGUGGCUGCCGACUGGACCACCGUGGCGGAGAGCAUGGACUUCGAGUACCUGGAGAUCAAGAACUUUGAGACUUCAAAGAACCCCACGCUGAUGAUCCUGGAGGUGUGGGAAGCCCGCAGCACGAACGCAACGGUCGGGAAGUUACUGGACAUAUUGGAAGCCUCAGAGAGAAGAGACAUCGUAGAAGAGCUCCGGCCUUUAAUAGAUGUGGAUGUGAAGAAGUACUUGGAGAGGCAGAGUGAACCCCCGGUGCAGGUCCCGGAAGUGGACAGCUGCGUCACGCGGGCCGAGGACCGCCACAUCACUAUGGGAGACGAGAUGUUCGAUGCCUUCAUCUGCUACUGUCAGAGUGACUUCCAGUUCGUCCAUGAGAUGAUCGAGCAGUUGGAGAAAACAGACUACAACCUGAAGCUGUGUGUGUUUGACCGAGAUGUUCUGCCUGGGUCCUGUGUGUGGACCAUCACCGCUGAGCUCAUCGAAAAGAGGUGCAAGAGGAUGGUGGUGGUGAUCUCUGAUGAGUACCUGAGGAGCGACGCCUGCGACUUCCAGACCAAGUUCGCCCUCAGCCUGUGUCCUGGGGCCCGCAGCAAGAGGCUGAUCCCUGUGGUCUACAAGACCAUGAGCGAGCCCUUCCCAAGCAUCCUGCGCUUUCUGACCGUCUGCGACUACACCCGGCCCUGCACCCAGGGUUGGUUCUGGAGCCGCCUGGCCAAGGCCCUCUCUCUCUCAUAGCCCCACAGGGCCCUCUCAUAGCCCCCCAGGCCCCUCUCCUUCUCAUAGCCCCCCAGGCCCUUCUCCUUCUCAUAGCCCCCCAGGCCCCUCUCAAUCUCAUAGCCCCCCAGGCCCCUCUCCUUCUCAUAGCCCCCCAGGCCCCUCUCCUCCUCAUAUCCCCCCUGGGCUGGUCCGAGGGCCCCUGGCCAUGGCCCUGUCCCUUUCAUAGUCACCAAGGCAGGGAUUUAAAGUUGCAUUUGCUGACAAUGCCCAUUUAUAACAUUUUAAUUAUGAAAUUGUGGUUUACUGUUUGGGGGAAUUCCACUAAUAACAUAUAAUGUAAUAUUCAUAUUGUGUAAUAUAGAUUCAAAAGGAAAAGACAGUUAGUAGGCCUACUUGUGACUCCCUACAGCGUUGAUGUUGUGUCGUCUUUAGUAGACUUUAGAGAAAGUGUGAUCUAGGUGACCAUUAAAGUUUGAUCGAGGUGAAGAUUAAAGUGUGAUCUAGGUAAACAUAAAAGUGAGAUCGAGGUGAACAUAAAAGUGUUAGGUGAACAUUAUGGUUUGAUCUAGGUGAACAUUAAAGUGUGAUCUAGGUGAAUAUUAAAGUUUGAUCUAGGUAAACAUUAAAGUGUGAUCGAGGUGAACAUUAAAGUGUGAUCUAAGUGAAAAGGUGUCACCUGCUUCUGCUGGGAUUUGUUGCAACCAAUCACCUCUCGGGAGGAGAGGAUCUUUAAGUGAUUGAACAGACGGCCAGCACUAGCAAACGUUAGAAAGUGUCCAAAGGUUUUAAAUCAAUCCCUUGUAGACUGACCUUUCUAAAAAAUAAACGUAUUGAAAGCUUCAUUUAUUCAUUCAUCAUCAGUUUGUUCUGAGGAAACAGAACCAGGCGUUGCGGUACCUGGUUUGUGGCUGUGCCGUGCCUCCCCAGACGUCCUGCUGUAACAGAUCUGAGAUCAGACGUUGUGAUCAAGCGAUGCCAUUUCCUAUUACUGAUCAUUGCCUAAAUCAGCUGUGAGCAAAACGUUACUGUGGCUGUAACUUCCUGUUUCACUACUGCAUUACCGGUUAUUUUUGCUUGCUAUGAUCUUUCAUGGAUGUUCAUGUUCUUCAAAAUGUUUUGCAAUCAUGAUAUUCGUUUUCUAUUUAUGGUCAUUUUUCAUUGUGUUUAAUUCCUCUAGUCAAAUGUAUAUAAAAGGGAAAUACAAACGCAUCGGUGUGAAUGUCAUAUCCUGUCCCUAGCGGUUUGCAACAUCAUUAUAAUUUUAGACUAGUAAUAUCUGACCAUGUCAGUGAAAACAGAAGCGUUAUGUUCCAGUAGGUUCCAGCAUGGGUCGUCAUUGCUCCGCAUAUAUUUUGUAUUAUGUUCUACACUGCACCGCAAGAGGAUCCGCCGUUGGACCUGUUUUAUACUGCACCACCAGAAGAGGCACUGUUGGACCUGUUUUAUACUGCACCGCCAGAGGAGGACUGCGGUCAAGCCAGCCGACCCAUCGAGAUCGGCGGUCAAGCCAGCCGACCCAGUUUUGUGCUGUACCUGUAUAUACUAGCCAUAACGGUAAUAGCGCCUCAGCGCCUCUGAACUAGUUUCAAAAUAAAAGCAUUUGUCUGGUACAUACCGAAAAACAGUCAUUAAAAGCAAAUACUAUCAAAGGAGAUGUACGGACAUUGUGAUAUAUACUUUCAAAAUAAAAGCCCAACUAAUUGACAAA